AUCAAAUCGCCUUAUCAGUCGUCCUCGAUAUAAUUUCCUCCAUGAAGCCCGAUUGAAAACAGUUUGUCGUCUCCAUUAUUUACAAUGUCUAAUUACAAAAUUGGAGUGAAUUUACGAGUGACAGAAAACAGCAACCAAGGCGGAAGGAAGUAUAUGGAAGACAAUAAUUCAAUACAAUUCGUUAGAAACGACGAGGGAGGAUAUGAAUUUGCAUACUUUGGAAUUUUCGAUGGUCAUGGCGGUUCUGAGGCGUCUAAGUUUGUACGGGAUCAUUUAUUGAAUCAAAUUAAGAAGUAUGAUUCCUUCUGGAAUGGCGACGAUGAACAAAUUUUGGCUGCUAUUAAGAAUGGGUUUCUUGACACCCAAGAACUCAUGUGGAAGGAAGUUGGCAAAUGGUCAAGGACAGCAAGUGGUCACCCUAGUACAUCUGGUACAACAGGCAGCAUAGCAAUUAUAAAAAACUCCAAGCUAUACAUUGGCCAUGUUGGUGAUUCUGGUGUAGCUCUUGGUUAUGAACAAGACAGAAGUGAAAAACGUCCUAUACCUGGGGUUAUGCUUACACAGGACCAUAAGCCAGACAGUCCGGAAGAGAUAAAGCGAAUUAGAAGGGUCGGAGGUCAAGUGGUGGCCAAAGCUGGAGUCCAGAGAGUGGUAUGGAACCGCCCCAAUAUCAGCAACAAGGGUCCAGUACGAAGGAGCACUCCAAUUGACAAAAUACCCUUCCUAGCUGUGGCAAGAAGUUUGGGUGAUUUAUGGAGCUUCAACUAUCAGAACAACGAAUAUGUUGUCUCCCCUGUUCCGGAUGUGGCUGUCCAUGAGCUGGAUCCAGCCAUUCACAGGUGCCUGAUCCUGGGAUCCGACGGAUUGUGGAACAUGAUGACAGCUGAGGCAGCCGCAAGCAUGGUGGCUGAUUUGGAAAAUCACUUUGAAUACAAAGUUAUCCAUGACCCGUCUGUGCCUGUGUCUUACUGGAUAAACCCUGCAGAAAAACUAGUCCAGAAGGCUUUGCACUCGUGGAGGGCUAAACUAAUGAAGGCUGACAACACCAGCUGUAUCGUAGUGCUGAUUGACCCUCUGGGACCCAGAAAACUAUCCAUUCUCAAAAGGAAAAGAGAGGAAUAUCUGCAGAAGAUAGCACCUGAGAAAAGUAUAGCCUCCUCUUCUACAAGGACAUCACCCAGAAAACAUGACACUGCUUCAAAACCCGAGAAUGUGAAGAGCGUCAAAGAAGAGGAGAAUAAGAAAAAAUUAACAAGUAGAGUGAACCCACAUAGUGUAGCAACAAAAACAGUCAUCUCCUCUGUCUCAACUGAAAAAUCUAAACGUUUAUCGUUACAUUCAGCAGUCAAUACAGAACUGGACGACAGUAUUCAGGCAAACAGUGUCCACUUCAAGGCAACCCUUGUGCAGGGAACUUGUGCCAAAGAGAAGCUGAACUUCAGCUGUUCUAAUGUGUUUGCAAGAUUCAAAGGGAGCAAAUCCGAUCUAGAUGUCAACACUUCCACACAGGGUGUUCCGAUUACAAGGGCAAGGCAUCACUCUGGAAAUGUGAUCCUUCAGUCACACAAAGUCCAGAAAAGUUUAGAUCAAAACCAGAAGCCAGUGAAAAACCAGAUUUUUACAGCAUCUUCAUUGAAGGAUCUCUCAGUGCUCACAGACAGCUUGAAACCUUACCAGACCAACCGAGUUCACAUAACCGAGAAAGGCAUGAAGAAAGUGGAACCUCCCAUAUCUGCCUGCAGCCUCAAGGAUGUUCAGAACUUCAUGGAUUGUGGCAAAAGUGAGAUCAAGGUGCGGACAAACAGUGAUAUGAAUCAGCGAGCAAGCAAAGAGGACGGAAGUCGAAAAGAUCUGAAAGUUGACACCAUUAUCAAGGGGAACAGUACAGAUUGUGGGGGACAUUUUCUAAGGAGACACUCUGUUGGUGCAAUUGAGAGUAAAAAGGCUUCAUGUGUGGCUUCAAAACUGAGGAAAGGAAAACAACGGUCCCUGCGGUGUCGAGGUCAAGUAGAAAACAAAGUGAAAGCAAGUGCGACAACAAUAGCGGGUGUCAAGCGGAAAAGAAAUAGCAUUGACAAUGUACCACAGACGAAAAAGGCUUGCCGUAGAUAGUGCUACUGUAUUUGAUCUACAUAUGGUUGUGCAUUGCUCUCAUAUUUUUUUUUUAAUUCUGUCCUAUUUUAAAAUAUCAGCACAAAAGUCUAUGCAUUUGCCAAAGUAUUUUAUGAAGUGAUUUCAUUUUAAUACUCAAUUUUUCACCAUACCUUGGAAUCAAAAAUGCGUUUUCCAUUUCAUUAUUUUACCUGUUUAUUGUAUGUUUGAAACUUGUAGACGAAUAGUUACUGAUUUGCUUGUCUUUUUUGUUUAGUGUUGCAUUCAUUUUCAUUGACAUUGCAGGGUAUUGGGACAAAUCAGAAUUUCUGUCGUCACUUUUCACCCCAAUUAUUGACUAGAAAGAGAUGAGUAUGAUAUGUCUUUCAAAAUACCUUUUCCUUUCUCUUGGAAGUUUUGAGUAUCAACCAUACAUACCCAACCCAGCCCUUGGAUACCUUUGCUAUUAAUUAGAAAAUUAAUUCUUUAACUAUAAUAUUUACUUGUCAGGGGUAGGGGUAAGAAAGAAGAUUUUAGAUUUAUCUUAAUUUUGUGUAUUAAUAUUUAAGUGAGUUAAGAUUUAAGGUUUGGUGGCAAAAAAAUGAGCACAACACCAUUUUGUUGGUGGUUUGGUGCAUGUUAAUAGUUUAUAUUUCUUUUUCAUCCCCAUUACUCAAAAAUGAAAGCAUGUGUGAAUAUUCAUUAUUGCUUUAAAUAUUUUUCUUAAUCUUUUACAUGUAAUUGCGUAGCAAUAAUGAUAAGGAAAAGGUUAUCUGGAUCUUUGAUCAGCUGUUCAUGAUAAUAUUAGUUAUUUACAAAAGUUGAUGCAAAGCUUGCAAAUAUUUGAACAAAAACUUUGAUGUACAAUACAACUCUGAACAAGAAACGAAAGAAAUCUUUUGUUUUUUAUUGAUUUUUUUAAAAAAAAUAUUAUUUAUGUUAUAUUGACAUGUGAUGACUGAUGUUUUAUAUUAUUAUAUAUUAAAUUAUUUAAUUUGAUUUAAAAAAAUUUCAUUGCAUGCAACUUUUUAAUUGAAGCUUUUGGUUCUUUUUAUAUCGUACAAAACCACUUUUUUUUACUUUUGUUAAGUUAGAUCCGUUUAUCAUUGAUUUUUGUUUUCUUGUUUUUCGCAAUCUUCUUGUUGCUUUCUGGUGUUUUUUAAGUCUUU